AUGCCUAGCGCUUCAGUCACCAAUGGGUGGACCUUUACCAACGUUGGACCUUUGACCACUACUUUCACACCAGCUCCAACCUGUACCAAUAAUAUUUAUAUUGGAACAACGAGCCCGGAAGCUCGCCUCGGCGCACGCGUGGAGUGUUCAACCUAUGACGCUUCUGGAUGUACGCCGUCAGGCAUCAUAACAGCUACGGGUGCUACUACCACAUUUGACGUCAAUUGGCCGUGGCAGGGAUAUUACUACUCUCCGGGUAUUUAUUGCCCUUCUGGAUGGAACACAGUUGGUGUCGCUGCACGGGGUGCAAACAAGACCAUGAGUUCGUCUGGGAUUAUGAGUAUGAGUAUGGGCGGGGAGGAUUACGAGAUCGGCGCGUUCAUGUUAGCCGACAUCCUGGAUCCGAGCGAGACCCUUGCGCUAUGUUGUCCAAGUGGCAUGAAAGGAGACUGGGGAAUGGGUGCUUGUUGGUCUGCCAUGCCAAACUACACCCCUACCUCAGCCUGUGAAGUGUAUGAAGCUGCCGAUAAUUUCAAAACCAUCACCAAGACAUUUACCGAUGCCACUACUACGGUCACAGACGAAUUUGGAGUCGAGACCGCCUUAGUACCUACAAGUACCCGAAUUAUUACUCUCGCAGGAGACACCCAGUUUUCCAGCUUUGUCGCAAUGUCUGCUGAGGCUAUGGUUACUCUUGUGUACCAGAAGUCUGACAUCGAAGCAGCCACAAGCACCGGGGCCGAAGCUGCUGCCACUAGCUCAAAUGCCGCGGGAAGAUUAAAUGUAGCCCACCCUGCAUUCGAUGGAUUGGGUAUGAUUGUCGGUGUUUGUAUUUCUGCAAUGGCCUUGGGUGCAGCAAUCAUGCUCCAAUGA